CCUUUCUGCCUAUGGAGCACGCAGCAGCCACAGCCCCCAGGCCGAGACCCCCACCUGGGGCCACUGAAAAUGUUCUGCCCCAAGCAGAGGACUGGGCAGCCUGCCUCAAGACAGAGCUUCCCUCGGAUCCGGAGCUGAGCGAGCAGCGGCGCCUGCAGAUCUCCAAGGAGUUGGUCGACCUGCAGAUCUCAGCUCACCACGUGCAGGAGCAGCAUGAGGCUGAACUCUUUGAGCUGAAGAGUGAGGUCCUACGGCUGGAGAGCCGGGUGCUGGAGCUGGAGCUGCAUGGAGAUCGCAUAGCCCCCCGAGAGGCUGCCUUGGGGCACCACCACGAGCUGGCACAGCCUGAGGACUUCCUGAGCCCUAAGGAUAAAGAGCAGAAGCUGGGAAACAGCGGAGAAUGGACGCGCACACUGGAGGAGCAGAAGGCCCAGAGGCAGGCACUGGAGACCCGUGUGGCAGACCUGGGCCGGCGGCUGCAGGAAGCCCGAGAUGAGGCCCAGACGGCGGGGCAGCAACUAGCCGCACAAGCCAUGGUGUUGUCUGCCUGCCAAGGCCAGCUGCGCCAGGCGGAGGCAGAGAAUGCCCAGCUGCAGCUGCAGCUCAAGAAGCUGAACGAAGAGUACGCCCUCCACUUGCAGCGAUGUGCCCAGGCCGUGGCCGAGUACGCGAAUGGCACCAGCCAAGAGCCGGCAGCCGCAGCCCUCCGCACGUUCCUGGAGACCACGCUGGAGCAUAUCCGGGCAGCGCACCGCAGCCGUGAGCAGCAACUGGCCCGGGCUGCUCGUGCCUACCGCAAGCGCCUGUCAGAUCUGAGCCGUAGACACGAGGAGCUGCUGGCGACCCGCAGUGUGCAGCAGGUGCUGGCAGACUCCAGUGAGGCAUCUGGGACCCCCAAAGCUACUUUUGACGCAGCCACCUUACACCUGGAGCCCGGGUUUCUGCACCUGGUCACUGAACUCAGCCACCCAGAAGACCAGGCCAGGCAGGAGACAAAGCUCCGGAAGCUCCAGGCCCAGAAUGGGCCCAGUGAAGCCUCCCUGGGGGUCAGAGACCCACAGGGCCAGGAAGCUGCCUCCUGGGCCCAGAUCCACCAGAAGCUUCAGGACUUCUCCUGUGGCACCCAGGUGGAGCUGGAGCGUGAGCGGGCACAGCUGCUAGUCCGGGCCACAAUGGCUGAGGAGCAACUUUCUGAGCUACAGGAGUACGUGGACCAGCACCUCGGCAGGUACAAACAGGAGAUCCUGAGGCUGAGGAAGCUCAUGGGUACACAGGACGCUGGGGGAGUGGGGACCACACUGCCUAUCAAGCAGCGGCACCCAAGGACCUGA